CUGAACCUUUCCCUCCAUCUUCCCACCUUCCCCUCAAUCUUCCCACUUUCCCCUGUUCUCCACUUUUCUUGGUGACAAAACUUCCCUUCCGAGAGCUAUAAAUCCCCCUAUAAUCCAUUUUGGAGAGAUGGAACCAGAUGAUAGCAUUAGUCAUGCCAAAGAUUAAACGUUUUAAGAAUCCACUAAAGUCAGCUAAUGGACAUGCUUCAUCAUCAACUACUCCAGUGGCACAAGACCUCCCAGUUGCUUCAACAAAUCCCUCACAAGCUGAUGGAGUCCCACAACAAGAACAAACUCCAAUUCUCCCGCAGCAAGAGCAAGUUCCAAUUGCCCAGCAGCAAGAACAAACUCCAAUUCUGCCUUCUAAUUCAAGUGCAGCAUCUCUGCACCCACGUCCAUCUGCACGAUAUUGGAGAGUAGAGGCUAAAGAUUCAGAAAACGCUAUCAAGCAGAUUAAUGUCAAGGUUAAUGAGGUUAAUAAUCUAACUGUUGGAGAGCGCAUCAUUGUGGACUUUGACGCAUACAAUUCAGCAUAUGGUGAUGCACAGGGACUGCUCGCUGGAUAUUGUGGAUCAUUGGCAAUUGAUUGUAAUUUGUUCCCGAUUAGUUUUGAGAGGUGGUCAGGGCAAUCAGGCAUGCCUAAGAAGUACAUGGAAGACUGCUUUGAAACAAUAUUGAAGCCUCGAUUUCUUUUUCGGGUAUCUGAGUCCAUUGCAUACAGAUAUUGCAAUAGUAGCAUUUCAAAAAAGUGGACUACACAUAGGCAGAGAUUGUGGAAUGAAUAUUUUGACCCUGCAAGAAGCAAAAAUGAGAUCAUUAGUAAUGUGCCAUCUGGUAUAAAUAAAGAUCAAUGGGCUAGUUUUGUUGCUUACCGUCUGAAACCAUCAACAAUGGAGCUUUGUAGAAGAAAUAAGGAAAUCCAGAGGAAGCAAAAAAUGCCACACACUGGUGGUUCAAAGGCUAACUCGAGAAGACGUUAUGAGAUGUUUCUGGAAACUGGUAAAGCUCCUAGUCGCGGAAAAAUGUUUAUUGAAACUCAUAAGAGAAAGAACGGAUCAUUUGUGAAUGCUGAGGCUCAAACUAUAGGGGAACAAAUUGAGUCACAUAUGACUCAAUUGUAACACUAAUGAGUCUGAAGUUUCCCCAGAAGAUAUUGUUGGUAAGAUAUUAGGGGCAGAACACUCUGGGAGGGUAAGAUGUAUGGGUAUGGGAGCAGCUCCAUCAAACACAUUCUUGAAUACAAAGCGACGACUUAGCGAGCUGAGUAUUUCUUCAUCUAGCUAUGAUGAAUCAUCUGCAACUUCUACAUAUUUGCAUCAAAAGGUUGCGCGUUUGGAGUCCAAACUUGAAGAAACCUUCAGUGUGUUGAAGAAUUACAUGAUAUCUAAGGAAGGAGGGAUUCCUGAAGAAUUAGCUACUAUGUUUACUCCUCAACCACCGCCUGUUGAUGCAGAGGAGACUGAAAUUGUUUCACCUAUGGAUGUAAGAGGCUCAUCAGCUGAUAACAAUGCAAAUCACCAACCAAAUGCUUAAUGUUUUCUUUGUGAACUACUUUUAGUGCUUUUCAUGUCUUUGAAUUUGUAAUGGUUGUCUAGAGUCGUGUUUACUAUGCUUUAGUUUGACGUUCAGUACUUAAAUUUGUGACUUUUGCUAUUAUGGGUAUUCUAAUGGUAAAUCUUUUUAUGUUUUACAUAGA